AUGAGCGAGAGUGAUGCUAUUUUCGAUGACGUUUAUGAACUUCAUGAAAUUAUUGGAAAAGGACCAUUCAGCGUAGUACGACGAUGUACACAUAAAGAUACUGGUAUUGAAUAUGCAGUUAAAAUAGUUGAUGUUGUCAAGUUUACAAGUAGUCCAGGAUUAUCUACAGCAGAUUUAAAACGUGAAGCGAGUAUUUGCCAUUUAUUAAAACAUCCACAUAUUAUUGAAUUAGUGGAAACUUACAGUAGUGAUGGCAUGUUAUACAUGGUAUUUGAAUAUAUGAAAGGUGCUGAUUUAGCAUUUGAAAUUGUGAAACGUGCAACAGCUGGUUUUGUUUAUAGUGAAGCAGUGGCAAGUCAUUAUCUACGACAAAUUCUUGAAGCUGUACAUUAUUGUCAUGAGAAUAAUAUUAUUCAUCGUGAUUUAAAACCACAUUGUAUUAUUUUAGCAAGUAAAGAGAAUUCAGCUCCAGUGAAACUUGGUGGUUUCGGUUUAGCGAUCCAUUUGAAUUUAGAUACAAAUCAAGUUAAUGGAGAUUCACCACUUACAGUUGAUCAAGAAAUUUUUGUUUCAUUACGAUCGGAUCAAUGUGGUCGUAUUGGAACACCACAUUAUAUGGCACCGGAAAUGAUUCGUCAUGAAUCCUAUGGUAAAGCUGUUGAUGCAUGGAGUUGUGGUGUGUUGUUAUUUCUUCUCCUUAGUGGAUCAUUGCCAUUUUAUGGAACUCGUGAUGUACUGUUCACACAAAUCGUCUCUGGACGUUAUCAUCGUCAACCUCAAGUAUGGAAUAUGAUAUCACCGGAAGCAAGAGAUUUAGUAUCACGUCUACUCGAAGUGAAUCCAACACAACGUUUAACUAUUGAAGAAGCUUUACAUCAUCCAUGGAUUAAUCAAAAAGCACGUGCAUCUAAAACACAUUUACAUGAAACCGUAGAAGAGAUGAGACGUUUUAAUGCAAGACGUAAACUUAAAGGUGCUGUAUUAGCUGCUGUUUCCAGUACAAAAUGGGCUAGUUUUUAUACUGAACCAAAUAUUCAAUCAGAUGAUGAUAUCUUAGAUGAAGAUGAUGAAAUUACAUCAGCUGCUGUCAGUGCUGUAUUAGAUAGUUUUGAAGAGAUGCAAUGUCUUACAGAAUGUUUUGAAAAAGAUAAAGAUUUAUUUCAAUCAGUAUUUGAAAAUGAACAUUUGCAUUGUUUAUUAGAGCUUUAUGAUCAUAUUAAUACACAUUCACCUGGUAGUGAUUUUCGUGUUCCAGCGGAUGCAACAGAAAUUUGCUCUGAAUUAUCAAAUGAAUUAUCCAAUUUGAAUAAAACUGAAAUGGUAUCCAUUAUAGAAGAAUUAAAAUUUCAUUUGAAACAACCUCAUUUUCGUGCAUUAUUACAAACUUAUGAUGUAAUAGCUGAAGAAGUUUAUGGUCCUGAAGCGAUCCGAGUUACACCACCACCAUUGUCAUCAUUUCUAAAUGGUGAUGAUGAUGAAGAUGAUCGUAUGGAAUCUGACACAGAUCAACCACAAAUUACACGUGUACGUUUAGUACAAUUUCAAAAGAAUACCGAUGAACCAAUGGGUAUCACUUUAAAAUUGAAUGAAGAAAAUAAAUGUAUUGUUGCAAGAAUUCUACAUGGUGGAAUGAUACAUAGACAAGGUACCUUACAUGUGGGUGAUGAACUACGUGAAAUUAAUAAUGAACCAGUAGCUGGUCGAUCCGUUGAACAUUUACAACGUUUAUUGCGUAAUGCUCGUGGAAAUGUGAGUUUGAAAAUUAUUCCCAGUUAUCGAACACAUCCAUUGCAAUGUGAAAUUUAUGUACGUGCAAUGUUUGAUUAUAAUCCAGAUAAUGAUGAUUUAAUCCCAUGUACACAAGCUGGUAUACAUUUUCAUAAUGGUGAUAUUUUACAAAUUAUUAGUAAAGAUGAUCAUAAUUGGUGGCAAGCUCGUCUAUGGGGUUCAGAUUAUCAAGCUCCAGCUGGUUUAAUACCUAGUCCAGAAUUACAAGAAUGGCGUAUGGCUAAUAAAGCAGCUGAAUUAUCACAUGAACUACACGGUAUUACACAUUGUACUGCAUGGUUUAAACGUCGUAAACGUUAUUUCAAAGAAAGGCAUAAAAAUAAACAACAUGCCAUUAUUUAUGAUCAAUUUGAUUUGAUCACUUAUGAAGAAGUUGUUCGACUGCCACAAUUUCAUCGUAGAACAUUAGUCUUACUUGGUGCACAUGGUGUUGGACGACGUCAUAUUAAAAAUUGUUUAAUUCAAUCCGCACCGGAUAAAUUUGCUUAUCCUAUACCUCACACAACACGUACACCACGUAAAGAUGAAGUGAAUGGUAAAAAUUAUUAUUUCAUUACACAUGAUGAAAUGAUUAAAGAUAUUGCAAAUAACGAGUAUUUAGAAUAUGGUACACAUGAAGGUGUUAUGUAUGGUACAAAAUUAGAUACAAUAAGACAAAUACAUACAAAUAAUUUAAUGGCUAUAUUAGAUGUGGAACCACAAGCAUUGAAAAUAUUACGUACAGCAGAAUUUGCACCAUAUAUUGUUUUUAUUGCUGCACCAACAUUAACUGAUAUAACAAAUCGACAGCAUAAUACUACUACUAAUACUGCUACUGCUACUACUAAUAGUAGUAAUACUAGUAAUAAUGAUGGAAGUCUUGAACGUUUAACACAUGAAAGUACAUUAUUAGAACAACAUUAUAAACAUUAUUUUGAUUUAAAAUUAAUUAAUAAUGAUAUUGAACAAACAAUUAUACAAUUAAAACAUGCUAUAGAUAAUUUUCAAAUUAAUCCACAAUGGAUACCAGUUACAUGGGUUUAUUAA